ACACGAUCCGAAAAUCGUACGAAUCCUCGAUUCGUACGAUUGGAUCUGUGUGUCUAUGGCCACCUUAAAGCCAACAAAAUAGGCAGAGCAGAGAGCUUGGCCAUAUAUAUGGGGCCAGUUGGAACAUCUCCCACACAUACACACAAUUAUUUACAACCUCAGCAACAUGUGAAAAAUUAGCUCCUUCAUUAGCAUACAUGCAGAUAAUGUUGGUCAAUCUAUUAGGAGGUAUAAAAUGGAAGAAAAGAACUGACUUAGUCGUGCAAGUUGCACAUCUGUAAUUAAAUUUGUCCUAAAAAUCGUUACCGUCUUAUGUAUAUUUUUUUAGGUACAUACUAGUGGCCAUGACCAAAUUUCCACUUUGGUCACAUGAUUUUAGUGUUGGCAAGUGAUUUAGGAUCAGGUUUAAUCAUGUGACCAUCACUCGACACCUGUCCAAUUCGCUAACUUUUCUCAAACAGCAUAAAUAAGAAACCUUCGACCCAUCUCUGCCACAAUGUCUCUUACUGGCUGUCCUACAGAUCACACCUCUUGGUACUAAUGACACUCCCAUUUCCACGUAUGCUGUAGUCAUUUGACAUGAAGGUGCAGUUGUGUUUGCAAUGUUGUUUUCUCUGGCAAUCCAGCGGUGAAGUUCACAAGAGCUGUAAAGUCGAAGUUGGAGAGUCAGAAGCAAUUUUGGGUUAUAUAAACAAGUGUGUGUGUUUGUGUGUGUGUGUGUAUACUCCAAACACUACUCCAAGGGCAUAAACAUAUCCAAGCACUUACCCAAUCUCUUCUCAAAAUUAAAAUGUUAGCCACACAACACCAAGAGUAACUGUGGUUGUCCCUAAAAACUCAGCAUCCAUACACAUCACUGCAACUAUCGAUACCCUCAUACGCCUCUUCUUACCUGACCUCUCAGCAGCCAUCACCCCCCCCCCAUAAAUCUCUUUUUACUGCUCUAAGCACCCCCAUAUACACUCCAAGCAAACUGCUCCAUCCAACUCUAUAUAUACACACACACACGUCUGAGAAUCUCUCCAAACAGGUCUCAGCAACCACAUAAAAUUAAGAAAAAUAAACUGCUAUUGCGAGAAACACAUUUCGAUGAGACUAAAGAGCAGCAAAACCUCCUGCUUAAAGGUUUCCAACAGGACACGUGAUGAUGACGCUACACGUCACGCGGGAGUGGCGUCACGAGAGGACGAAACGCCUCUAGGAACUAGCCGAAAACAGGAGAGAAGGACUCGCAGAUGCUGAUUGAACUGAACUGAAGUGUUAAAAUAAGAUCAUCACUUUAAAGGAAGAUCAUGUCUACCAAAUCCUCACUGCUGAAAAUAAUUCUUCUGGGAGAUGGAGGAGUGGGAAAAAGUUCUCUCAUGAAUCGAUACGUCACUAAUAAGUUUGAUACACAAUUAUUCCACACGAUAGGUGUUGAGUUCCUCAAUAAAGAGCUGGAAGUGGACGGUCAUCUGGUUACAAUGCAGAUCUGGGACACUGCAGGCCAGGAGCGCUUUAGGAGCCUGAGAACCCCUUUUUACAGGGGAUCCGAUUGCUGUUUACUUACAUUCAGCGUUGAUGAUUCCCAGAGUUUUCAAAACCUGAACAAUUGGAAAAAGGAGUUUAUCUACUAUGCAGAUGUCAAAGACCCAGACAGCUUUCCCUUUGUUAUCUUGGGAAACAAAAUAGACAUCACAGACCGCCAGGUGUCCGUUGAAGAGGCCCAGGCCUGGUGUAGAGACAAUGGAAAUCAUCCCUAUUUUGAAACUAGCGCUAAAGAUGCCACAAAUGUUGCUGCAGCAUUUGAAGAAGCUGUUCGGAGGGUUUUAGCCAUAGAGGAUAGAUCAGAUCAACUGAUACACACAGAUACAGUUAACCUGCAUAGAAAACAAAAGCCAACUACUUCCUGCUGUUGACUGUUGCAUGUGAAAGGCAAUAACCCUUUAACCCCUUUAUCCCAGCCAUGCAAGCCCAUAAAGUAUGAGUGGGUGGCCAUGCAUGUAGCAUUGUUUGGGUGAACAAAAUGGAGAAUAUCUAAUAUUUAUGUCUGCCAAGACAUCUAAUCAAAAUAAUUCAUAUUGGUUUGGCUAAGACAGAGCUGUUCCAGCUUGUUGCACAACGAAUGGUAUCAUUAUUAAAAACAUAUAUUUGACUUAGGAUAUAAUAAAAUACUUCGCUGAAGUACAAGUACUUGUUUCUGUGGACACGUUAAGUUCUUCAUUUUAUCCUCUUAUUGAAAUGUAGAUAUAUGGUCUUUGUAAAUGUUCUGCAUCUCAAAGGACAAUGGCACACGGGGUGACUUUGACCACUUCUCUGUCCAAUAUUUUUUUGUCCAAAAUUGUGCCCAUCCCCUUUCCAUCUAUCGCAACACCCGAAAAGUGUUGGUGUUAGUUCUAGUCAGGCGAUUGUCUAUUGGAAAUGUGUUGAUCCACAUUACCAAGUCACCUGACAAAUGUUUUCAGGCAAUUGUCACAGCAUUGCCCUCCCUUCCCCCAACUAACUAAAAAUUGGUUUAAAUUUGCCCAUUGUGCCAUAUCAAAUUGGCUACAGUUUUAAAGGUUUCAAUCUGCAGAUUUACAAACUAGAAGUAUCGAAGCAACCAAGAGGGGGGUCACAGUCACUGUGUAGACCAUAUAGAAGUAUAAGAUUCCAGUGUAUAUGUGGAAAAUUAGUUGUCUUUUAAUUUGAAAUACUUUUGGCUAAUUAAGCAAGUACCUCAAUUUUAAUACAUUGAAUCAUGCUUAUUCUAAACCAGUGCUGCCCAACUUCUAAGGGCCAUAUUUAUUUAAACUGAUACCUUUCUUUUGCCUCUCUUUUGCAUACCCUUGCUAUUCUCCUUUAUUUUUAUCCCUUAUUUAUUUUCUUUUAUUUCAAAUGUGUUGUAUGGUGUUCCUUCAAUCCCCAAUACUUUUAUGAGCUCCCCUAGCCCUGUUUUACUCUCAUAAUUUUCUGCACUCUUUUCUCCCCUUGAUUCCCUUAUAUUUUGCUUUUUAGAUCUUCCGCUUUUUAUUGGCGGGCAUCCCCCAUUGUUUGUGUUAUGUUCCGUAACAUCUUUCAGUUCUUUUUUUUCUCUUUCAAUUUUCCAUUGCUUGUAUUGCCUGUCAUAUGCAGCUUCACUUGCAUAAAAAACUAAGGAACCUUACCUUUAAUUGGUUUUAGUUGAAUCAAUUGUCCAUUUUCCAAUCCCUGUCCAGAUUCUAGAUUACUUGUGAAAUAGCCUUAGACCAGGGGGUCCCCAAAGUUUUAUACUUUUGAGCUACAUGCAAUUGUAAAGAGAGUUGGGGAGCAAGGCGAGCAUGAAAAGAAUUCCUGGGGAUGCCAAAUAUGGGCUGUGAUUGGCCUACAGUAGACUCUGUUACGCAGUACACCUGGUUUUUAUGCAACCACAACUUGCCAGGAAUUCAAAAAGAAGCACCUGCUUUGAGGCCACUGAAAACAACAUCCAAUGGGUUAGACACUGGAAUGAGACACUAUGUAGUCCCCACUGAGCACAGGGCAACUAAAGGCAGACUUGCAAGGUUGUAUCAGACUCAUUCUGCAAGUUUGACAGUAGUGUGCUGGAAUAUUUAAUACUAUUGGUCAUUUUCAGCUUUAUUGCCACACAAAAAAAUAUUGUCUUGCAGUCCUGUUCAUUAAAAUUAAAUUAAAACAAUAGGCAAAAAGUAUGUUCAGCAGUGGAACAGCAAAUCUCAAGUCCAUUUCAGAAAAGCCAUAGUUGCAUACCUCAUUUCAAAGCACAUAGAGAAAUCUAAGGAAAUAAAAUACAUUUAAUUAAAUAAAAAAACUUGAAUGUUUGUAAAGCACUGCUUGGGAAUAUGUUGUUGUUUUUAAUUCCGGAGGCAAAUUAGAAAUAAAGUCUAAUAUUUAAUAAACAUUCCAUGUUAAUGUUUUGGCAAGAAAUGUAACCAUAUCAUUUUUACAGGUACUCCUUGAUAAACUUAAUAUUUUGUUUUCUGUUCUUAAUUCUUAAUAUUGCCCAGUAAAGCUGCAAUAGAAAAUAAAAAUGUUUGUUUGUA